AUUGCAGGUACCGACUUCUGGGGCCUCAUAAACCCGGACUGGAGCCUCUGUAGCAAAGGCCGCCGCCAGUCCCCGAUAGACAUUGACCCGGCGAGACUGCUUUACGAUCCGAAUUUAAGAUUACUUCAUAUUGACAAACACAGGGUAUCGGGUCUCCUGGAGAACUCGGGCCACAGCGUGGUGUUCACUCUGGACGGCGGGAAGGUUCCGCUGAACGUGACCGGCGGGCCGCUGUCCUACCGCUACCAGCUCACCGAGGCUCACCUGCGCUUCGGCAACGCGGACCUGCUGGGCUCCGAGCACACCAUCAACGGCAAGGCUUUCCCGGCGGAGAUCCAGCUCUUCGGCUUCAACUCUCAGCUCUACGCCAAUUUCUCCCAGGCACUUGAUAAGGCUUAUGGCAUUGUUGGCAUCUCCCUCUUACUACAGAUUGGUGAAAGAUCUAAUCCCGCCCUCAGUCAGCUCACAGCGGGCGUGGAUCAGAUCAAAUAUGUGGGAAACACGUAUACGGUGCGCCAUCUCAGCAUACACGACCUCCUGCCGGACACCUCCUACUACAUGACCUACGAGGGCUCAACCACCAUGCCCGCCUGUCAUGAGACUGUCACGUGGGUCAUCAGCAACAAGCCCAUUUACAUCACCAAAGAUCAGUUGCUUAGUCUAAGGAAGCUGACACAGGCCGAGGACGCCAACAAGGGAGGGGCGCCUCUCUCCAACAACUUCCGUCCACCGCAGAAACUUCACCACAGACCCGUCCGUACCAACAUAGACUUUUCCAACGCUGGAGGAAGCUGUCCUUCUAUGCACAGGGAAGCCUACUACAAAGUAUAUGUCCCAAAAUCUGGACAAAAUGAGAAUGCGGUAUCGAGGUGGUUCUGCCCAUGUGAUCAGGCUAUGUGUAACGUGCAGUCGACAAUGUUCAUGGACUGGAAGAUUCACAGCUAA